GCGCGUCACGUGACGACCUGUGCUCGCUUCGGCGAAAUGCAUGAAAUCCAAAGAAGCGUCAACCUUUAGCCGCCGAAGCUAGCUGGCUAGCGACCAAGAUGGAGUUCCCUAGUGAAACCUUUGUUUUCCCCGGGGCUUCUUUUGCCUUUUUUAAGAGGAGGACAUGAUAUACGGACGAGUUUUCGGGACAUCGGACCGAAAAGAGUUCGUUGGCGGAGUUCGACGCCGGUUAACCCGCUGUAACGUUAGCUAGCUCUCUUGGCUUCACUGCUCCCGGGGUCUCUUACAUAAAAACGACGGCUGCCGUUCACUUGGGCAAAGACGGGCUUUUGGGUCUGUAGACAAAAACAUACAAUUUAUCCUCUGUUUCAAUGUAUUGUCAACUAUUUUAAAACCUACAAUUUGCCUUUUUUUUCCCUUUUUUUUUUGAAUUUAUAUGGUUUCUUAACGACGAGUUAGCGUAAUAGACCAAAUGGAAAUUAAGCUCCUUACUCGCUAACGUUAAGCUCGGAGGAUUUUACCCUCUGCCUCUGGACUAAACAUAAUAAAAACGCCGGACAACCAUUUACCUCCUCUCUUAAAAGAGACAUUAUUCUCCUAGAAGCAACGUAGUCUUUGUUUGUAGCCGGGAGACGUUAUCAGACCGCCUCCUUGUUGUGAAGAGGGCAAUAGGGGUUUGACGGGCGGAAAGCUUAGUAAGUAAAUAACACCGACCUUCCACCUCCUAGAAGCCACAGCCGGCGUUUACGAGGAAGCCGCAUCCCCUGCCACCCUUAUUUGCCGGGGAGCCUGUAGUUGGCUGUUUGAGGACUUUGACAUAGACCAGCAAUGUUACACAAACGUCCUGCUUUAUCGGGGUUGAGGUCGGAAGACUCGGAAUUAGUCCUAACCUACUUCCAAUGGCCAGCAGCUAAAGUGGACACAGUCGGAGGUUUGGUUUGACGGCGAGGCGUGAAAUGACAGUAAGCCUUACUUUAGCGGUAUGAUUUCAGAGCAACGUGGGGAGUUAGGGCUGCGUUCGCCAGACUGUCUGUGAACCUCUUCGCCGUCUUAGUAUCCGAUUUUCCCCGCGGGAGAAGAAGAUGGAAACGGGAGUGAGGUCUCACCAGGGCGAGCUGUUCGUCCACCCGCUCUCCAACCCCCGGGCUGCGGGGAUCUGCGCCGAAAUGCUGGAGGUGGCAGAGGAAGCCAACCGGGCUGGGGACUUUAGCCUGGCCGUGGAGAUCUACAGCUCCCAGCUCGCAGACCUCCAGCAGCCGGACAGGGGCUUGUGCCUGAGGAGGGCUGACUCCCUGGCCCGCGCCGGACGAAUAUCUGAGGCGCUGGACUCGUACUGCAUAGCGGCCAGCCUCGGCAAACUGCGCCCGGAGGAGCUUCCCCUGCUGCUUGAAACCAUCGCCCGGACUCUCCGCGAGAAAGAGCUGGGCGUCCCCGGGACGUUAAACGGCCACGGUAAAAGCGGCGGCGGGGAAGAUGGGGUUGACAGUAACGGGGAGUCCGAGGAGGACGAAGCCCACGACCUGUUUUCUUGUCGCCUCUGCAAGUGUCUGCUCCAUGAGCCCACUACAGUGGAGUGCGGACACACCUUCUGCAAACGCUGCUUAGAGGACGAGACCGUCAAGGACUGCACAAACUGCAAGCAAAAGUUGAACAAAAGAGAUGGGCUACCAAACGGCCGAAGAAUAAACGUUGUUCUCAGCGGCCUGUUGGAUAAACUGUUCGCAAAUGAGAGUAAAGCCAGGAAACUCUGGAUCGAAGGAGAGGUUUUGUGGAAAAAGCAGAACCUCUCGGAUGCCUUGGAAAAGUACAAUGCAGCGGUGGAUCUAGUGCCCUCUUCAGGCAGACUGCUGUGUCAACGGGCUGAGUUGUACAUGGAGAUGAGGAACUUCAGCCAGGCAGUGCAGGACGCCACUAGCCUCUGUAGAAUAAAACCUCUCUGGACAAAGGCUCACUAUCUGAAAGCCACAGCGCUGAGUAAAGAAGGCAGGAACGAUGAGGCCUUGCAGGAGUACUUCCUGUGUGUGGCGCUAAAGCCUGACUGGACCAAAGUCAAGCUAGAGGCUCAGAAGGUCCUUAGCGAGCUGUUCUCCUCCGUGUUUGAGAAUGAGGACCUGCCAACGCCACUGCAUCCUCUGCAAGGCGGGUUGGCCACCCGCCUCAUCAAACCCCCUGCCUUGCUCAUGUCCCUGAGGCCGCUCACACAGAGACCAGGCUCCUCCUCACAGGACUCAGAGUUCAGUGUGACUAAAAGCGCUCCGGUGGACAGCGCGUCCUCCAGACUGUCUGGUAAAUCGGACCCUGCUGCGGAGGAGGGCAGCACCAAGAGCCUGGCUGAAGUUCUAGCAUCACUGCCAGCGCCCCCUGGUGGUCUUAAGAGGAAACACAGCAGUGAUGGAACCUCAGCAACCUUCAGCCCCCCCUGCAAAAUGCUCAGACCUAAUGAGGAGAGCAACUUUCACACAGUCUCCGUGUUAGGAGUGAGUAUGGUUCCUGCUGAGCUGUUGGACAGCGGAGACAUGGAGUGCUCACUCUGCAUGAGAUUGUUCUAUGAGCCCGUGGCCACUCCCUGCGGACACACCUUCUGCCUCAAAUGUCUGGAGCGCUGCCUGGACCACAACCCCAACUGCCCACUUUGCAAAGAGAAUCUGUCUGAGUAUCUGGCCACCAGGGGUUACAACAAGACCCUGCUGAUGGAGGAAGUGCUGCAGCGUUACCUAGGAGACGAGCUGGCAGAGAGAAAGAAAAUCCAUGAAGAGGAAAUGAAGGAGUUGUCCAACUUGAACCAGGAAGUGCCCAUCUUCGUGUGCACCAUGGCCUUCCCCACCAUCCCCUGCCCACUGCACGUGUUUGAGCCACGCUACCGUCUCAUGAUCCGCCGCUCCAUGGAGACCGGUACCAAGCAGUUCGGCAUGUGCAUAGCUGAUGAGCUCAAAGGCUUUGCUGACUACGGCUGCAUGCUGCAGGUGCGAGAUGUGAAGUUCUUUCCUGACGGUCGUUCGGUGGUCGACACCAUCGGUGUGUCCCGGUUCAAAGUCCUCAGUCACGGCCAGAGAGAUGGCUACAACACGGCCAAGAUUGAGUACCUGGAAGACAAGAAGGUGGAGGGGGAGGAGCUGAUGGAGCUUCUGAAGCUGCACGACUCUGUGUACGAGCAGGCCAACAGCUGGUUCACCUCACUGAAAGACAACAUGAAGAGCCAGAUACUCAGCCACUUUGGACACCUUCCCAGCAAAGACCCCGACCCACAGGCCAGUCCCAGUGGCCCGGCCUGGUGCUGGUGGCUGCUUGCCGUCCUUCCACUGGAGAAUCGAGCCCAGCUCACCAUCCUGGCCAUGAACUCCCUGAAGGACCGCCUCAUUGCCAUCCGCAGGGUCCUCAUCUUCGUCACGCGCAAGAGGCCGCGAUGAUUGCCCAGCUGCUCGGGAGACAGACCGGAAACGCUUGUGCUUCUAUGCAGCUCAGCAAUUCAUUCAUUCGUUCUUGUGGUCCUGCGGUUCCAGACCGACUGACUUCAUUCGCUCGUUUAUACAUGUAUCUACCCAUUCUUUCACUCGUUUACUUCUACAUCUGCUCAUUCUCUCAGCUGCUCAUGAACUUUUCCUGUGUCAUGCAGCAACGCCUGUUCUGUUGAGUGUCAGGUGGGUCGGGACGCUACUAUGAGGGCAUUCCCUUCUCUUCUGUCUAUCUGUUCAUCCAGCCACCCCCCCCACAGACAAUUUUACUGGCUGAAUUGAGCUACAACACGUUUUUAAACGAAUGACCUCUCACCUCUUGUUCUUUGUUAAGUUUUUAGGUAAAAGCAGACUGGCUGAGCCGUGUCACUUCCAUUAAGGUCACUUCUCGGUGAUUUGCCUGGCUCUUUUAUGAAGGAACAAAAACCUGUUAUCACAAGAGCAGUGUGAGCAGGAAAGGAUCAGGUUCAAGAGGAAUUCAUUUUUCCUACAUACACAAAUCAGUAUUUCACAUGAACUGAAAUAAGAAGUGGGCGUGUCACAGAUGCUUGUGGGCCUCUCACAUCCACAGCUGUGACAGUUUGUACAGGUACAGAAUCAAAAC